AAUUGUAUACCUGGUCCCUAGCACUCUUUGGCCCCAUAGUAUAAGCUUCAUACUGCUCAUUGAAUAGAUAUCAUAUUUUGCAACUCCACCUAGCCAAAAUGUCCGGACCAUACCUUCAUGGACACCAUGCCUCUGUCCUCCGCUCUCACAGUUGGCGCACCGUGGAAAACUCCUGUCCUCAUCUUUUGCCUUUCCUCAACAAACCCUCACUGAAGAUACUCGAUGUUGGGUGCGGCCCUGGCACCAUCAGCGUUGAUCUCGCUGCUCGAGUUCCACAAGGUUUCGUCUACGCAAUCGAUCCCUCCGCCAAUGUCAUUGAGAAGGCCCGAAAGCACGCAGAAGAAAUGGGAAUCAAGAACAUACGUUUCGAAGUUGGUGACAUUUUUGAAUGGAACAAGCUGGAAGGUGUAGAAGAGCAAGGGUUUGAUGUCGUACACGCGCAUCAAGUGUUGCAGCAUCUACAAGACCCGCUAGGCGCGAUGAAAGAAAUGAAAAGACUAGCCAAGACCGGUGGUAUUCUUGCCAUCCGAGACUGCAACUACGGUGCGAUGGAUUGGUAUCCGGAUCAUCCUAUGCUGCAUAAGUGGAAGAAGCUUUACAUCAAAGUUGCGCUGGGACUCAAGGCGCAUCCAAAUAUCGGCAAGCAACUACAUGCAAUAGCUAUGGAGGCUGGCUUUCCAAGAAGCGAUAUCGAGGCUAGUGUGGCUGCUUGGACGUUUAGCACACCAGAAGAGAGGGAGUUUUGGUGUGGCCUCUGGGCUGACAGGACCGUGCAAAGCGACUAUAAGAAGAGGGCGUUGGAUAGCGGACAUGCGACGGAACAAGAUCUGGAGGAAAUCUCCGCGGCCUUCAGAGAGAUGGAGAAGAAGGAAGACGGUUGGCUUGUUGUUAUCAACGGACAGAUCAUCUGUCACGUUAGGUAAUGAAUCUAGAUCAUCACAAGCCUGCGUCCUCUCUCAACAGGGCGUCCGCCUUUACGCAGUGCCAUCUGCUCGGUCCUUUUACGUAUCCCGACUCCAGUUUAGUUACAUGCUUCCUCACCGGCUCGUCCCAUUUCCCACACCCCCACCCAACUACCCAAUUGUAAAUGCAA